UCUAUUUCUGUAAAUGCACUGGGGUUAUCACCCCACUUAUGCUAACUCUCUCUCUCUCUCUCCUUUCCUCUCUCUCUUUAUCUAACGCCGUCACCCACUUCCACAAAAUCAUGGCUGACAGAAACAGCCGGUUAAGUGCUAAGAAGAAAGAGAAGAAGGUGGAAAACAAAACAAAUGAUGAGAAGGACAAAGAAAAAGACAAGGGGAAGGAGAAAAAUGUGAAAAAGCCAGACAAACCUGCGAAGAAGCCAGAGAAGACCCCUGAGCAGCCAAGCGUGGCUGAUGAAGAGAAGACUAAAGGGGAAAGUGGAGAGGCAACAGGAGCGGAAGCGGCAAACAGUGAAGAAAAUGGAGAGUUUCAGCCCAUAGAGCUGCCACCUUUUGAGAUUGUCACAGGGGAACAGAUGAGCCCGUUUUACUUCAAGUUUCAGUUCAGGAAUGUGGAGUACUCGUCAGGGAGGAACAAAACCCUUCUGUGCUAUAGAGUGGAUACAGCAGGAGGCAGCACAGAGCCUCUGAAAGGUUAUAUGGAGGAUGAACAUGCCACAGCUCAUGCUGAAGAGGCCUUCUUUCAACAGGUGCUCCCUAACUCUUCCCAGGAGUAUGAUGUUACAUGGUAUGUAUCAUCCAGUCCAUGCGCGGCUUGUGCAGCCAAGCUGGCCAGCAUCAUCCAGCAGCGCAAAAAGCUUCGCCUGUCCAUAUUCUGCUCCCGUCUCUUUGAGUGGGAGCAACCGGAGAUAGCAGAGGGGCUCCGGGCUCUGGCGAGCGCCGGCUGCAAACUGCGGAUGAUGAAGCCAUCUGACUUCCUGCAUGUUUGGGAGACGUAUGUGGAGAAGGAGGAUCAGAGUUUUUCACCCUGGGAGGAUUGUCAGGAGAACUACCAGUACUACGUGGAGAAACUGGCUGAUAUUCUCAAGUAGAUUGUUACAGGUGCACAAGCUCUCCCCACUGACUGAACCACCGGUUGAACAUGUGUUUGGUGCAUAUCAAUAUUAGUUUUAAUGAACACUCAUGGCAACAUUUUGUAUUUUUUUUUUUUUUAUUUUGAUAAAUAAGCUGUGGAGAGGACUAACUUCUAUCUACUGACAUCUGGUGUUUGCUCUAAGAAUUGAAACACUAAUUGAAAGAGAACUGAUAAAUUAUCCUGCAGAUCAUAUUAUGUGCAGUGCAUACAAUAACCGAAAGCUAACAGUGUAUAUGAUUGAUGCUAAUAAGUAAUGUUAAAUAGUGCCUUUGAAAGUCACUUCAUCUAUACAAUGUCAAUUAAAAAAUGUACAAUUACCACCA